AAGUUAAUUAUCUCUGGAGAGUGGAGUGGGAUUAGCACCUUUUGUAGCCAUGAAAGUGAUGUUCUCAGCACUACUCCUUUUGCCAUCUGAAAAAGCCUGAACUUCCCCUAGAAGGGUCUCUUUUGCCCAAUUUGACUUCAAAUAUGUUUUCUCGGGGCGAGAGUUUCCCCUCUACCGAUCAGUCUCUGUUGGGAGGAACCAUAAUAUAAUCCCCCACGAAAAAGCUGAACUGUCUAUUUUCUGUGCAGAAUUCUCCCAAACUCUACUGCCAAUUUUCACCCACAACUUGGAUCGCUUCCCGAUGGCAAAGGCACCCACUACUAGUCAGGUCACUUUCCCUUUUCCCCUCUUCUCUCCUUAAUUCUCCUUUCCCCUCUGCCCCCAACUUUCUUCUUCACCCUUUUAAGUCAUUCAUUCACUCACUCAUUCAUUCAUUCCACCCACACUGUCCAUGACGCAAUUCACACCCUUCCACCAAAUCACACCCCUCCCCAACCCUACCAUGAACAAAAACCAAAUCCCUAGGACUAGGCCCUGGCCUGCAGGCUUUCCUACCUCCAAGGCUUUAACCAACUUCGCCGACGCUAACUGCAUGGAACAGUUACUUCUUCACUGUGCCAACGCUAUUCAAACCAACGACGUAACCCUCGCACAGCAAAUCCUUUGGGUCCUCAACAACAUAGCAUCCCCCGACGGCGACUCCAAUCAACGCCUUGCCUCCAGCUUCCUCCGUGCCCUCACUGCACGUGCAGCCCAAACCGGCACCUGCAAGAUGCUCGUCGCCGUAGCCGAUCACGCCCGCACCAACAUCUCCAUAGACACCCACAAGUUCUCCGUCAUCGAGCUCGCCAACUUCGUCGACCUAACUCCCUGGCACCGCUUCGGGUUCACCGCUGCCAACGCCGCCAUCCUAGAAGCCACUGAGGGUUUCUCCGUCAUCCACAUCGUCGAUCUCAGCCUCACGCAUUGCAUGCAGAUUCCGACGCUCAUCGACGCCAUCGCUAGCCGCCACGAGGUCCCUCCUCUCAUCAAACUCACUGUCGCCGAUGCCACCUUCAGAGACAUCCCUCCUAUGCUCGACCUCUCAUACGACGAACUCGGCGCCAAGUUGGUCAAUUUCGCAAGGUCCAGGAACGUCGUCAUGGAGUUCAGAGUGGUUUCUUCCACUUACCAAGAUGGCUUUGCGGAUUUGAUAGAACAGUUAAGAGUGCAACAACAGCAUUUUGUUUAUGCAGUAGAACCUCGUCCCUGUGAGGCUUUGGUUAUCAACUGUCACAUGAUGCUUCACUACAUCCCCGACGAAACCCUACACGCGAUGCCUGAAACUGACUUAACCUCUUUGCUCUACGAUUCUUCUUCGGCUGCUGGUUCUUCUUCUGCCAUUAGUGUUACUUCCACUUCCUCGCUGCGAUCGUUGUUCCUUAAGUCCCUGCGGGGUUUAGAUCCAACGGUUGUAAUAUUGGUGGAUGAAGAUGCAGAUUUGACAUCGAAUAACUUGGUUUGCAGGCUAAGAUCUGCGUUUAACUAUCUGUGGAUACCAUACGACACUGUGGACACGUUCCUUCCACGAGGGAGCAAGCAAAGGCAGUGGUACGAAGCAGACAUUUGCUGGAAGAUUGAGAACGUGAUAGCGCAGGAAGGGGUUCAGAGGGUGGAGAGGGUUGAGCCUAAAAACAGGUGGGAGCAGCGAAUGAAGAACGCGAACUUCCAAGGAGUGGCUUUUAGUGAGGACUCUGUUGGGGAGGUGAAGGGCAUGCUUGAUGAGCAUGCUGCGGGAUGGGGAUUGAAGAGGGAAGAUGAACACAUUGUCCUCACUUGGAAAGGACACAACGUGGUCUUUGCCUCUGCUUGGUUACCUGUUUGAACAUCAGUUUUUGCCGCUUUGUACUCUAUCAAUAACAGACAUUCAUUAUUUCCCUACUUUAUCUUAGUAACUUCCUUAAAUAGUUACGUUGUACUUUUUUAAGAGUAAAUAACUAGAUCAGAAGUUAUUUGUAGGUCUUUCUGGUGCUUUUAGAUACUAUCAACGCAGCUCUUUCAUAUUUUUACCUUUCAACUUUUA